UUUUCUCUGUCAUGACGGGCGGUUUGUGACCAAGAUUUUGUGUCUCAUAUCACUGGAAAAUAUAGACGACAUCUUCAUAGACCUGAGAUAUUUUAAGCUGCUGCUGCUUCUCUUCACGUUUCCCCCAAAGACAGUCUGAAGCUCUGAGAGGAGAGAGAAGGAAUUCACAGGGGAGACAGAGCAGAGAGCAGAGUUGGGCUUCCUGCUCUGGCCCGCAGGGCGAUGGAGGAGGAAGAAUCUGAGUGGAUCCUUCCCCAGACCCGAGCUGGAGUGCAGUCUCAGGAUCCUAAUGCAGACCUGCAGGCAGGUGUGCUGGAGAGCCAGGAGACCCCCCAGAAGCUCAGGCUGAUGUUGGUGGGCAAGAGUGGAAGUGGGAAGAGCGCCACCGGCAACAGCAUCCUGGGCCGGACCCUGUUCGAGUCCAGACUCAGCGCGGCACCUGUGACACGGGCCUUCCAGAUAGGGAUGAGGGAGUGGGCCGGGAAGCAGCUGGAGGUGAUGGACACCCCCGAUCUCCUGUGUCCCUUGGCCCUUCCCGCGGAGUCUGCCCAGCUCAUGUACCAGGCGGUCACCUUGUCCUCCCCAGGGCCCCACGCAGUGCUGCUGGUGACCCAGUUGGGUCGCUUCACAGAGCAGGAUCGCCAGGCGGCCCUGCGCCUCCAGCAGCUCUUCGGGGCGGGUGUGCUGGCACAUACCAUCCUGGUGUUCACCCGCAGGGAGGACCUGGCUGGGGAUUCCCUGGACGAGUAUCUGCGAGGCUCCGGCAACCAGGACCUGACCAGGCUGGAUGCGCUGUGCGCGCGGCGCCACUGUGGAUUCAACAACAGGGCGCAGGGGCGUGAGCGGGAGGACCAGCUCCAGGCGCUCAUGGAGCAGGUGGAGGUUGUGCUGUGGGAGAACGAGAACGGGUGCUACAGCAACAGCGCCUACCAGUACUGGCAGGAGAGGCCCCGCGGGGAAGGGCCAGCGAGGCCAGCGGUCCCGGAGCAAGGCUCCCAGGAGGAGCUGGAGGAGGAGGCUUGGAUAGAGGAGCUGUGCAGGGUCCAGAGAGAAUCUGAGCAAUCCCACAAACGUGUCCUAGGGAGAGCGCUCCUUUGAGGGAAGGCUGGUCUGUAACUGGGCACAGCUGUUUCCCGCCAGCCUCCUGCAGCCUGAGUCAGCUUCUAGACUUGCUCUCUCUAUUCCCACGGAGCACUCACCCACCCAGUCUCAGGGCACGGAGUCUGCUGUGGUUGGGGGCUGCAGCUUCCUUCUUUCCAGCUCACAUCCCAGAGCACGUGGGUCCUCUCUCCUUGGGGUCCCUCACAUACAGCCUGGCAUCUCGUUGACAUUCUCCUUCUUGAGAUGAUUCUCUUUGCCCUCAAAGAAUCAAAGCUUUGGUCAGACUGUGCCUCAUUCUUCCAUUGUGACCACCCAGAGCAUCACGGCUACUGGAAUUUCUCCUCCAGUGUUGAUGAUGUAUGUCAGAGUGGGGAGAAGAACAGGGGACUUCAUAUUCCUUGGGUUACACCUUCUUCAGAAAUGAUGUUGGCAGAUUAACUCUUAGAACUUUUGGUGACCUGAGUGUGGUGAUUUAAAAUAUAGCAAACACUCGCGUGAGAUGUGGGGAGAUGCAUGUUGCUGGGCAGAGAGAUUCAACCCAGGGAUUCAACCCAGGAGUCAACCCAAGGGACAUUUUCUGCACCCACUCUUAAAGGAGAACAUAAAUGAACAGAUAAUGAAUUCCACGGCAAGGUUUAGGUUUUGCUCCAUGGCUUGGAGGCCAGCUACACAUGCUAUGGGGAAAGAGAUCUCAGAGAAGGGAGCACCAAAUAAAGGGUGUUGGGAGGAUCUUCCCAGGAUGGGAGAAGCAUGCUGAAAGAAGACUAUAGACCAAACAUGAUUGCCACUCAAUGUCUCUUUUGAAAACCACAAGACCCAAAAGGAGAGA